AUGGGUUCGACACUGAGGUCGCGCCUACCGUCUUCAUCUCCCCUAUUCUUCCAGGAAGGGAUUCACCACCACCUUAUCACCUGGGGUGUAAUCUCAAUCCACGCAAGAACAUUGAUCACUGCAUCGGACUACAAGCAUACGGGCAUCGAAGAGACUGAAAUCGAGGAUAUAGCUGCAGAUAGCAUCAAAAGGCUUGACAACUGGAGUGAGCGCUUGGAUCUUUGGAAUGUCUUGAAGACGAUUACUGUGGGAUCCGGAUUUCGACUCGAUGAUCCCGUCGCGGAAGGAAUACCUGGGAUCUGGCUUGCGUUAAAGUAUCAGCUCGAGCGAAGGUACCUGCCCGUGUCUCGGCUGAGAGAGAUCUGGAAAUCUUAUGCUAUUGAGCUGCCUCCGUCGCUUGACCUUGAGAAACUGCGGUGGGUAUCCGACUCCACGAUUCCAUUUCCCUUGUGA